UUACAGCUUCAUCAAGAAGAUCCAAUGGUUGAUCCUACCAAUACGAUCACUCCCUUGCUGGACGAUCAUGAAGUUGGAGGAGAUGACGUUGGAGGAAGGAAAAGCUCAUCUUGGGUUCAAAAAGUGAUAGAGCUGGAAGAAUUAAAGGCUCAAAUUACUUACGGUCUUCCAAUGAUAUUCACAAAUCUUUUCAUCUAUUGCAUCCCUUUAACAUCUGUGAUGUUUGCUUCUCACCUCGGCCAACUCGAGCUCGCUGGGGCAACCCUCGCCAAUUCUUGGGCCACCGCUACCGGGUUUGCCUUCAUGACGGGGUUAAGUGGAGCACUUGAGACAUUAUGUGGUCAAGACUUUGGUGCAAAAAGCUACAAAAUGUUGGGGAUUCAUCUGCAAUCAUCAUGCAUCGUCUCGUUAGUUUUUACCAUCCUCAUCUCUAUCUUCUGGUUCUUCACAGAACCGGUUUUCGGAUUUAUCGGACAAGAUUCCAACAUCUCAAGACAAGCUGCACUGUAUAUAAAAUACCAAAUUCCUGGUUUACUCGCUGACGGGUUCUUACAAAACAUUCUUAGGUUUUGCCAAACACAAUCCAUUGUUGCUCCGCUAGUCAUCUUCUCGUUUGUUCCCCUGGUGAUCAAUAUUGGUAUCGCAUAUGUUCUGGUCUAUUUAGCUGGCCUUGGAUUCAUUGGUGCUCCAAUAGCUACAUCUAUUUCAUUGUGGAUAGCUUUCCUUUCUCUUGGAACUUAUGUGAUAUGUUCUGACAAGUUUAAGGAAACAUGGACUGGGUUUUCAUUAGAAUCAUUCCGUUAUGUAGUAAUAAACUUGACAUUGAGCCUCCCAUCUGCUGCUAUGGUAUGUUUGGAAUAUUGGGCGUUCGAGAUACUUGUGUUCUUAGCAGGAUUGUUGCCUAACCCGGAAAUCACCACCUCUUUGGUAGCUAUAUGCGUCAACACGGAGUCGAUUAGCUACAUGUUAACAUAUGGACUUAGCGCAGCUGCAAGUACACGUGUGUCCAACGAACUUGGAGCUGGAAACGUGGAAGGUGCAAAGAAGGCCACUUCUGUAACCGUUAAGUUGUCUUUUGUCCUUGGCCUUGGCGUAGUGCUUGCUUUACUUGUAGGUCACGAUGGUUGGGUCGGGUUAUUCAGCAAUAGUCGUGUCAUCAAAGAAGAGUUUGCACCAUUGACAUUCUUUCUUGCUGCCUCUAUAACACUUGAUUCAAUCCAAGGUGUUCUAUCAGGUAAAAUAUUCUACUUUUUGUUGAAUACCAAACAUACAAAAAACUCAACUUUUAUCGACAGGAGUAGCCAGAGGGUGCGGUUGGCAGCACGUCGUCACGGUUAUAAAUUUGGGAACAUUCUAUUUAAUUGGAACGCCUAUUGCAGCCUUUUGUGGUUUCAAGUUAAAGUUGUAUGCCAAGGGUUUGUGGAUUGGUAUGAUAACUGGGAUAUUUUGCCAAUGUUCGUCACUCAUGCUUAUGACAGUUUUCCGGAAGUGGACAAAGCUAAAUUCUUCGGUCUAAAAGAUCAUGAAACUAUGGACGAGACUAAUAUCAUUAUUGUGUUUUUGGAUUUUUAAUAAUAAAACCAAAGAAAACCUCUAAAUUAUUUUUUCAGUGAAUAAAACACUCGAUUUUCUGUUA